GCCGCGGCGCGAACGGGACGCGCGUGGAGUCUUCCGCGGUUCCCGGUCCCGGGUUCUGGUCCCGGCGGGCGCCGUGACCGGACACCAUGAAGGAAACGCCCCUGUCUAACUGUGAGCGCCGCUUCCUCCUGCGCGCCAUCGAAGAGAAGAAGCGGCUGGAUGGCAGACAAACCUACGAUUACAGAAGCUUAAGGAUCUCAUUUGGGGCGGAUUAUGGGUGCUGUAUCGUGGAGCUCGGGAAAACAAGAGUUCUUGGCCAGGUUUCCUGUGAACUUGUUUCUCCAAAACUCAACAGGCCAACAGAAGGUAUUCUGUAUUUUAAUCUUGAACUUUCUCAAAUGGCUGCUCCUGCAUUUGAACCUGGCAGGCAGUCAGAUCUGUUGGUGAAGUUGAAUCGACUCCUGGAAAGAUGUCUGAGAAAUUCCAAGUGUAUAGACACUGAAUCACUCUGUGUCGUUGCUGGUGAAAAGGUCUGGCAAAUACGUGUGGACCUACACUUACUAAAUCAUGAUGGGAAUAUUAUCGACGCUGCCAGCAUUGCUGCCAUUGUAGCCUUGUGUCACUUCCGAAGACCUGAUGUCUCUGUGCAAGGAGAUGAAGUAACCCUGUACACACCUGAAGAGCGUGAUCCAGUCCCUCUGAGCAUCCACCACAUGCCCAUCUGUGUCAGCUUUGCCUUCUUCCAGCAGGGAACAUACUUGUUGGUGGAUCCCAAUGAACGAGAAGAACGAGUAAUGGAUGGCCUGCUGGUGAUCGCCAUGAACAAGCAUCGAGAAAUCUGUACCAUCCAGUCCAGUGGCGGGAUAAUGCUUCUUAAAGAUCAAGUUUUGAGAUGCAGCAAAAUAGCUGGUGUGAAGGUAGCAGAAAUUACAGAGCUCAUACAGAAAGCUUUGGGGAAUGAUCAGAAAGUCAGGAAAGAAGGUGGAAAGUUUGGCUUUGCAGAAUCUAUAGCAAAUCAAAGGAUCACAGCUUUCAAAAUGGAGCAGGCCCCUGUUGAUACCUCUGAGGUGGAAGAGAAAGCCGAUGAAAUCAUUGCUGAAGCUGAGCCUCCUCCAGAAGUUGUUUCUAAGCCUGUGCUCUGGACUCCUGGCACUGCCCAAAUUGGAGAGGGAAUAGAAAACUCGUGGGGUGCUCCUGAGGACUCUGAGAAAGAAGAUGAGGACGAGGCUGGCAGUGAUGAAGCUAUCAUUCUUGACGACAUGAAAAUGGACACUGCAGUGGAUGUUGCUGGUAUUGGAGGCCAGGCUGCUCCUAUCGUCCUCUCCGAUAGUGAAGAAGAAGAGAGGAUCAUUUUAGAACCAGACAAGAACCCAAAGAAAAUAAGAACACAGACGGUCAGUGCAAAACAAGAGAAAGCACCCAGUAAAAAUCCAGUGAGGAAGAGGAAAAAGAAGAGAGCGGCUAAUUAGAGUUAACAUGAUUUAAUGUAUGUAUAUAUAACUAUUAAAAGGAUAUUUAUUCCAUGCUAACAAUCUUGGGUAUUUUUUAUUCAAAAGUCCUUUAGAAAAGCUAGCAGUUUCUUUUCUUUUACAUUAUGCUUCAAAUGAACAUUUCUAGAGAACCUUAUCUAUUUCAGAGCUUCCCACCUGUAAUCUUUUGAGUUUGUAAAGGUUGAUGAGGAAUAAGUUAUUUAAUAAGCUGCCACACUUCAUGCAAAGAAAGAGCAAAGAGACAGACCAGGGCUGGGUCCAGAGCACACUUUUCCCAGUCAAAAGAAAGUGUGAGCAGUGCAGCAAAUAGGCCCAAUUAUUUAGGAUAAAGAAUGUCAGAAUUUGAGGGAGGGUCUGCUUUCCUAGAGAAGAGCUUUCCUUAUAUAAUAAACCCUAAGCUAAGAGAGCAUUUCUAAAUGAUAUCCCCCAAAAGUCAUGGUUUUACUUCAAAUUAACCUUCACUUAUGAAGGUUUCCAAUUUAUUCUUAUAUUGGCGGCUGGAGUCAAUAUUUACUAAAACCACUUAAAAUUAGCUAAUUAUCUGAGAUAGAUACAUGUACAAAAAGAUAUACAAAUUAAAACCAUU